AUGUCGCGUCAGCUUCUCCAGCGGUGCUCGAAGAAGCACUUUGUGAUUCACAUGGACAUCAACAAAACUAUUAUCCAGGUCGACCAGGCGGGUGGGCGCACCAUGGAUGAUGUGCUAAAUAGUAAUGUUGCCGCUAACACGUAUGGCUGUAUCGACCCUACUGACAAUCAGUGGCGGCCUCUCUACGGUCCUUCUGAUGCACCGGUCGCACAACCCGAUACCUACAGUGGUCCCAUCAUGUCGUAUGACACGUACAUUGACAGUCUAUAUUGCGCGCCUCCGGGGAUGCAGGAGCUAUCAAAGGCAGAGCGGGAUGCUGUGUGGAGGACGGUAUCAAAUCUCCGUCGACAGGCUACGAGGAAGUUCACUUUUCCUGGGGAGGCUGGUGAGGCAUAUGCACCACUAGUCGAUCUGCAGCGUCAACACUUGGGGCAUAGUGACGGGUACUACAACAUUAUCCCUGCGUUUUUCCACAUGAUCAACACACUCUCAGAGCUUAACUUGCAGUUCACGCUCAUUUUCAGAACUUUCGGUAGCGAUUUGAGCGCCGUUCUGGAAGAGUGGAGAUCGUUCGUCUUUGGCAUGCAUGCGUGCAAGCCUUCUGGUCCAGUUUUGCAGGAGCUAAAAGAGAACUAUGUUGAGCCACUGUCGGGGAGUUUUUUUCGACAGGCUGAUGACAUAUACAUCUGCUACGGACCUCGUGUGUCGCUCUCGUCAUACUUCACGCCAAGCUUUGAGGAGACAGAUCCUGCCAAGGUGCUGGAACAUUUGCGCCAAGUGCCUGGGUGUACGUCGGCUUGCAAGACGUCUUUUGCCGAUCUCAAAGAUCACUUGGUGGCGUACUUUUCCCGUUCUAAGAACGUAGGUGGGCUUGUGGAUUACUACCCUAGCUGGGCACAGGCAGCGGAACACCGGACUGGCGGAAAGGUAUACCCGAUUUCGCAGAACGAUCCGAACUACUACUCUGUAUUCUUUGACGAUAACAUCUUUAUCGGGAGUGAGCACUCUAUCGUGGAUAUCCGCGAGGCACACGGCGCAAAAAGCAUUGUUGAUAUGGAGGUAGAGAGGAAGUACUGUGUCCCCGUAAAUGCCUUCAAAGCCAUUGUGGACAACGAGUAUUUUGUCAAGGAGCUGUGCACCUGCUUGAGGUUACAGAAUAGGGAUUUAUGA